UAAAUUUGCGUUUUUCAAUCACUUUCAAGUUGAAUAAUUACAAAACCUCGCUUUUGGAUAGUUGACAACCAAAUCGCUGAAACUAUGAAUCGAAAGUAACAUAUAUCGAUAGCCAUCGAUUAUACAAUUUAUUUAAAGACCAGAAGCAGCAGCGGCAGUAGUACAAGUGUUAUUGAGUGUAUUUGUAAACAGUUACCCGGAAAAUGGAUGCCUGUGACAUACAACAAGAUAAUUGGAACGAGUUAGAAGUUACAAGAGAAGAGUUUGAUAAAUUAAAUGAGUGUUUAAAAAAGGAUGAAUUUAGAAAAUUGUUUAUUGAGUAUGCUGAAGAAGUGUCAAAUCCUGAAAAUCGCAAAUUAUAUCAGGAAGAAAUAAAAAAACUUGAACGUGAACGUGGCGUUGAUGUUACAUUUGUAAACCCUGAGCCGGGUUACGUCAUAAAGACUAGUUUAAAUGGUGAUAAAAAAUGUUUUAUUAAUAUAAGUAAAAACGAUUGUGUUGGCAAGCCGACAAGUCAGCCCUCGUAUAAUGCUGACAGUGGACAUCGCGGAUUGGAGUGGUCAAUUCCGCAUACCCUUGCACCACCGCGAGAUGACCUCGAUAAAAAAAAUUCACGUUGUACUGUUUUUGACGUUGUUUUUAAUCCUGACACACUGUAUUUAGCAUCGAAAAAUCCAAGAUUUAAAGACAUUGUCAAUAAUACAGCGUUGGAUAGUAUUGAAAAAAAUUUUAAGGUGAAAUUAGAUCGAAAAAAUCUUAAAUUUCCAAAGAUUAAUUUCAAAGGAACGAGCCAAUCAAGUGUCAUAAGGAAAGAAUGCGAAAAAUCGUCAGAGUCAACUGAAGAAUCUCAAGAGUAUGAACCAGAAAUUUAUCAAAAAUUAAUCACGAGUUACGACGAAGCGCGUGAAAAGUACAACAAAAAAGUAUUGGCCCCCGAAAAACAGUCACGACCGAUACCAGCCACAAAGUAUUUUAAUAAUAAUAAAAUAUCAAGUCCUGAAGACGUCCAAUACGCGACUCCUAAAUUUGUAAUAAAACAUCAGACGGAUUUAGAUCUUCAAGACUUUAGAAAUGCAAAGAACUCAAAAAUGUAUGCAACAGUACCGAAAAAAUUGGUUAUUAUAAUUGAUUUGCCACUGUUGCGUAGUGCGGGCGAUGCGACGUUGGACGUGCAGGAGCGUUUGUUGAGUCUAAUUAGCGAGAAACCAGCAAAGUAUCGGCUGGAGCUUCCGUUGCCUUAUCACGUUGACCCAAAUCAUGGGAAUGCAAAGUUUGAUACGAGUAAAAAAAAAUUAACAGUAACACUGCCAGUUAUUAGAGAGGUCGUUAAACUCUCUGAGGUCACCAGAUAUGACAGUGGAGUUGAGAGCGAUCAUUCUCCAGCUAUUUCUGAGUCAUCAAGCAUCGAUACCGAUGACUCUAAAAUUAAUUUCGACGAUUUACAACCAAUCGUUGAUAAUCUAGAGGCUUCCAAUGGUUUGAUAAGUGAAAUUACAUCAGUGGAUUGUGAUAAAAUAAAUUUAAAUGCCACUGAUCAUCAUAAGAUAAAAACAACAACAGACAUUGAAUCAAUUAUCAAUACCAAUAUCACGUAUUCACUUCCGCAUUUAAAUUGUAAUUUUUAUGAUGAUACGAUAGCGCUAGUUAUCGACGUUAAAAAUGUUGACGCUAACUCAAUUCGUUAUAAAUUUUUGAACAACAAUACGGCUAUAAGUAUCGUAUUGGUGUCUAUUGGUGCAGGUUUUUUCCCCGUUAACUAUGCAUUGUUUUUAAAACUAGAUCAGGGGUCAUCAUUUGAUGCGGAUACUAUCAAUGUUGAGCCCUGGGAUAACAAUGUUAUUGUCAGUGUUGUAAUGAAAAACGCUGAAAAAAUGACUCAUUAUUUUGUUGGAUUAAAUCAAGAAUUCAUGGAGGCACGAGAUGUGCCUCAUAGAAUAUCUUUUACUAAAAAAUAUGAGGCUUUUUUAAAAACUAAAGAUGAAGAAUUGCAAGCGGCUAACAAAGUUGGCGCUCAAGUCGACCGUCCUCAAGAUAGUGAGCAAGUUACUGAUGGCCGAGAUAAUGAUGAUGCUGGCAAUCAUCAUCAUAUAGAUUCGGAUGAUGAGUGUUCUGAAACGGGGGUUAAUGAUAAAAAAAAGAGGGAAUGCUUGAAGAAGUGCAGGUCUAUUUCUGAAAGCAGUGGCGAUGAGCUUCCAGAUAGUAGCAAUAUAAAUAAAGGUACUAAAUCGCGAGGUAUUUUAAAGUACGGGCGAGGUAAUUUUUCUAGAUCUGUUUCGGAAUCGAGUAUUGAUGAUACUACUGGAUUGGUAUCGUCAAUUGACUUUAAUUAUGACUCAGUACAAGAGCAUUAUUCAGAAUCUGACUGCUGCAGUUUGAAAAAGACUGUUCGAUUUAAUGAUGUUGUCUCCAGACAAUUGUUCAGGUCUAAUUCAAGUAUCUUGGGGCGCCGAAAAAAGAACCAGCGAAAAUUGCGUAAGAAGAAACAGGCGCACGAAAGACGCAUGAGUGAGAGUGAAAAUUCCGAGACUGAAGAUCGCGACAAGUACAAAGUAAAUGCUACUAAUGAAAAUAACAAAGGCGAAAAGGCUGUGGACAAUAAUGUAAAGUCAAUUCUUAAUCGAGAUAAAUUAUCGAAUCAUAAAUUAUCUGAUCAGGAAAAUAAUUAUAAUUAUAACAAAAGUGAUAACGGAUUAAAAUCACAAGUCAACGAUAUCGAUAUCAAAAAUUUAGAUCUAACCGAAUUCAAAAACGAUUUAAUUUUUGACCUCGAUAUUUAAAUGAGAUAAAUAUAUAUAUAUAUUUUUUUUUUUCAAUCUCAUUUAUAUUUUGCACGAUCGUACUAUUGAGUGAUAAUUAAAUAUCCAAAUGGAGAAGUGAUUAAUUUUUUUUAUGUGAUUUAUUGUAGCCAUUACGGAACAUUCCCCGUGAUUAAUUAUGAUUACAUUUAUUAUAUUUCUUUUUUUUUCAUUUUUUAAAUCAUGCACGUUUUACAUUAUCAAUAUAUAUUAUUACUGAGUAUAUUUAAAAAAAUAUAUGUAUUUGUAAAACAUUUAUAAUAUUUAUAGUCCAGCAUGUGACUAUAAGAGUUUUACAUCCGAUUGUUAGAGAGUAUAUCGUACUAUUGAUUAGUAAUCAUGAAAUUUAUCAAGUUUUUUUGACUUAUUAGUAUAAAAAUAUAUCAAGCAAAUAGGUCCGUAUUUUUCAAUUUUACAACGAUUGUAGUAAGUUCCAAUAUAUAAUAAAUAA